AUGCUCCAUUCACGAUCGUGGGUCCCGAGAUCGCGGGCCACAAUAAGGACCCUGACGGUGGUAGCGUCGGGAUCUUUAGCUCGGGCCAACCCCAAAUCAAAUGCCAGAGUCUCGGAAUGGUAUCAAUCAGUCUGCCCUAUAACUGUGCAAGACUUGCUAUGUGACAUGUUGUAUACGCAAACAAGUCCGUGUCCGAAGCUCCCGUACCGAUUCCGAGGUGCAGAACGCCCGCGCCUGGAUCUUGCGAGGCCCCGAACCGCUGGGUUUUUCUGGAGCCUUGUGCUGUCUGAGAAUGGGUGUCUCCAGUUACGAGUCGAUAGCGCGAGUGUGACGGCGAGACACGUCCGAUCUUUUCAGGCUGGGCACAUCAGCUGUUCCGGUCAGUCGGUUGGGCGAUCUCAAGUGUAAACGUGAAUGGGAAUCGCGAGUCAAGUCAUGGAUAUGUAAUCUUCGAGUUGGUUCAUGAAGAAACUCGUGCUGUAAGAAAGGUGGACCCUGUUCGAGGUUGAGUUAUCCAUACAGUAAGUUUUGUAAGCGCUGCAUUACC